CUCUAUUUGAACGGAUCAAAACUGUCACUACAGUCGCGCAGCACUCUCUUUUCUAUUUCAUUUUUCAAUUUGUGAAGAGACACUAUGACUAAACUACUUCGAAUUCAGAGGGGCCCUUCAGGCACCCCACCACUAGUUCUUGUUCAUGGUGGUGGGGGCACAUUAUAUGAAUACUUCUCACUCCAUAGUAUGAAUCGCGAUGUUUGGGGGAUGCCUUAUCCAGGUUAUGGCAUUGAUCAAAAGUCCACUAGCAGCUUGUCUGAGAUGGCGAAAACAUAUAUAAUGAUGUUAAGAAAUACGAUAUCUAGUGGGGAUAUAAUACUUGGAGGUUGGUCUUCUGGAGGCUGUUUUGCACUCGAGAUAGCAUAUGCGCUUAAAAAUGACCACAAUAUAAGGGUUCUAGGUCUAGUAUUCAUAGACAGCGUCUACCCCGAGUUUAGGCCUGAUUCUUCUGAGACGGAGACUUACUUCGUAAAUUUCACCGAAAGUAGCCAAGGAGAAACUCGCAAACGUGUCCAAAAGUCCAUGGACGAGAUAAAUUUCAAACUGUCACGCUGGCGCGGUCCAGACUGGUCACAAUCGGUAGUCGAUGAACAAGGCGAACUUCAACAUACUUCAGACUCUGUUAUUCCCCUUUUGGCUAUUUUGAUUCGGGCAAUCGAGGAAACAUCACCGAAUCUGAAAACUUGCAGAUCGGGCCCAAAAGGAUGGCUUCUUGGCUGGGACGAAUAUAAUAAGAACUUCUUCUAUCAGGUUAUCAGUGUCCAGGGUAAUCAUUUCACUUUAUUCGAAGACAAAAACGUUGUUCAGGUGACCAAAGCAUUGAGAAAAGCAUGUUGGACUAUAGAAAGACAGUGAGAGACAUACUUGGGAGUAAGCAAGCGUGCUUGCUUGCUUGCUUGAUACACUUAUUAUUAUUAUUCCAUUAUAGUCCUGUAUCAGCCGUUGGCUAUGUAGGACUUUGGCCAAAGGCCGUUCUAUCUAACUAGUUACAAUUUGGUACGUUAUGCUAUAUUGCGUGACUGUGGUGCUUCGGCCUUUAUCUAGCUAAGCUUUAACUAGCUUUGUAGAUGCCUGGUGCUAAAGAGCAGUUUGGUAACAGGAAGAGAUGUAGGGGAGCUAGGCUACCUUCCAGCGGGCUCUCUUAGGAGGUAGGAAAUAGUGCUAAUAAAAUCAACUUUGUUCUU